AUGGGGAACUAUACUGACUUCAAUGAUGUUCAGCAAUCUUAUCUCAAGUUGACUGACCUCGGUCAGAUCACCCACUUCCCUCACAUUGACCUUCCGAGUCUGCCAAAUCCUAACACCCUCCAAGACUUGAAUUCUUUCCCCACCGACACUCAUCAAACAAUUUCUAAUUCAACGUUUUCAGGAGGUGUCUCCUUUUCUGAGCAACCCGUCGAUCAACAAGAUGUCACAUACAAUGUGAAUUAUGUGCCUGUUAAUAACGAUGAUCUGUUCAGCUGUCUAGACAAUAGCCAAGACCAUUCUGUAGGAGAGCUAUCUUCCUUCAGCACAUAUCCUGGCUAUAACAUGGCCACUGAAACCCCUGCGAUUGCUGCCCCUAUCGAGUCGGGAAACACGGCUAGUUAUAGUCCCAAGCUGCGAUGUUCAGUCCCCGAGUGCUCACAGGACCACAAGUUCCCCUCCGAAUCCGCUUUGCGCCUUACAUCUGCCAAGUCCCAAAUUGCAAACACACUCGCUUUGGCGACAAAGGCGGUCUGGAUCGACACAGCCGCGAGGUCCACGGAUCACAGACCUACUGCUGCCCUAUUACUUCAUGCAAACGUCAUGUCCGAGGAUUCCCAAGGAAGUAUAACCUCUUUGACCAUCAGAAACGAUGUCAUUCUUCUCAGUCGCCAAAUUUGUAUGAAAGGACAACAAGAAUCCUCUGACAGCGGGUCAUUCCCGAAGAUGGUCACUGGGGGUGGCGGGAGGUUGAGAGAGAAGUUGGAGAAUCUUUACAAGUUGCGGGCCGAAAUCGAGGUGGAUAUUGAGGCUCUGAAGAGGAGUUUGGAUCUCCUGGGAGAAUAUUCCACCUGA